CUCCGCUCAGUGCAUCAGGAGCUAGAGAUGUGGCAGGGAUCUGAGAGCCCGUGGUCGCUGUGUCUGUCUGACGGCUGAGCCAUAUCCACAUAGCAAAGGGGGUACCGGGAGGCUCCUAGCCGAGGGGACAUGGACAAACUGGCUCCUUCUAUGCGCAAGAGACUCUACAGCCUUCCGUCGCCGACCCGGGCCAAAGCUGGGGCAGAGGACGAGGAGAAGGAGGGAGACCCAGAGGCGGCCAGGAGGGGUUUCAAAAUGAGACCCCUGCCUUCUCCCUCCGGAGGGCUGACCAGGGAACCACUGGCCGGAGGGCAGGACAGCAACCUCUUGGAAACCGAGCUCGGGAGGACGGUCAAAGGCAGCAGCAUCAGCAGCAGCACGAACGGGGACUGCCGCCGGUUCCGGGGCAGUCUCGCCUCGGUGACCGGCCGCACGCUCCAGGGAGCCGGGCUGGCCGAUGACAAGCGCCUGAUCGUCGAGGGGGACUCCAGCCCCAGCGAGGACACCAACCCCGGCAGCGAGGGCUCCGAGGCGAGUCCCCAAGCCGAGCCGAGCUCCGAACCCGAGCCCGGGCUGGCUUUCCUGAAAGUGGACACCGCCGACCAGAUCCUGCUGGAGGAUGAGCUCCGGGCGAGCCAAGCCGGCUUCAUGCAGAGACAAUUCGGGGCCAUGCUCCAGCCGGGAGUCAACAAAUUCUCGCUCCGGAUGUUUGGGAGCCAGAAAGCAGUAGAGAGGGAGCAGGAGCGAGUCAAAUCCGCCGGCUUCUGGAUUAUCCACCCUUACAGCGACUUCAGGUUCUACUGGGACCUGACUAUGCUGCUUCUCAUGGUGGGAAACCUGAUCAUCAUUCCUGUGGGGAUCACAUUCUUCAAGGAUGAAAACACCACUCCCUGGAUAGUCUUCAACGUCGUGUCAGACACCUUCUUUCUUGUCGAUCUAGUGCUGAAUUUCAGAACUGGGAUUGUUGUGGAGGACAACACAGAGAUUAUUUUGGACCCACAGAGGAUCAAAAUGAAAUACUUAAAAAGCUGGUUUGUGGUAGACUUCAUAUCCUCCAUUCCAGUGGACUAUAUUUUUCUAAUAGUUGAAACGAGGAUUGAUUCAGAAGUUUACAAGACUGCCAGGGCGCUGCGGAUUGUAAGAUUUACCAAAAUCCUCAGUCUUCUUCGGUUGCUGCGGUUAUCCCGACUAAUUCGUUACAUCCAUCAAUGGGAAGAGAUCUUCCACAUGACCUACGACCUGGCAAGUGCAGUGGUGCGCAUUGUUAACCUCAUUGGGAUGAUGCUGUUGCUAUGCCAUUGGGACGGUUGCCUCCAGUUCCUGGUUCCUAUGCUGCAGGAGUUCCCAGCUGACUGCUGGGUGUCUCUCAACAACAUGGUGGAUGAAACCUGGUCGAAGCAGUACACCUACGCUCUGUUCAAGGCAAUGAGCCACAUGCUGUGCAUCGGGUAUGGAAAGCAGGCACCUAUUGGCAUGUCUGAUGUCUGGUUGACCAUGCUCAGCAUGAUAGUGGGCGCCACCUGCUAUGCCAUGUUCAUCGGCCAUGCCACGGCACUCAUCCAGUCAUUGGACUCAUCUCGGAGGCAGUAUCAAGAGAAGUACAAGCAAGUGGAACAGUACAUGUCCUUCCACAAGUUACCAGCUGACAUGCGCCAGCGAAUCCACGAUUAUUACGAGCAUCGCUUUCAGGGCAAGAUGUUUGAUGAGGAGAAUAUUCUCGGGGAGCUCAGCGAUCCUCUACGUGAGGAAAUAAUAAACUUCAACUGCAGGAAGCUGGUGGCCUCCAUGCCACUCUUUGCCAACGCAGAUCCUAAUUUUGUCACAUCCAUGCUGACUAAGUUGCUGUUUGAAGUGUUCCAACCUGGAGACUACAUUAUCCGCGAGGGGACUAUAGGAAAGAAGAUGUACUUUAUCCAGCAUGGGAUUGUCAGUGUCCUGACAAAAGGCAACAAGGAGACCAAACUGUCUGAUGGAUCCUACUUUGGAGAAAUCUGCUUGCUGACCCGGGGCCGUCGAACAGCGAGCGUGCGAGCUGACACUUACUGCAGGCUGUACUCCCUCUCUGUAGACCACUUCAAUGAAGUGCUGGAGGAAUAUCCAAUGAUGAGACGUGCCUUUGAAACAGUGGCUCUUGACAGGCUCGACAGGAUAGGCAAGAAAAAUUCCAUCUUGCUUCAUAAAGUGCAGCAUGACCUAAACUCUGGUGCCUUGAACUAUCAGGAGAGUGAGAUUAUCCAGCAGAUCGUGCAACAUGACCGGGAGAUGGCGCAGAACAUCCAAAAUAAUCCAGUGCCCACAGUGUCCACGCCUACUCCGGUCAUCUGGACCCCGCUGGUUCAAGCCCCUCUCCAGACAGCAGCAGCGACCACUUCAGUGGCGAUUGCAUUGACCCAUCCCCAUUCACACCUCUGCGGCAACAUGUUCCAGCCUUCGGUGUCCAUAUUGAACUCACUGGGGCAACAAGCCAGUCAGACGCCAGGCCAGCCGAAGCAGAUGCCAUGCUCUGCGCCCACCACCGGACCCUCGUCCAUGGGCUCCCCAUCCAGCACACCAUCUCAGAUGCAGACCCCCUGCGCGGAAUCGCCCUCGGCCGCUCUGUUCCAGACCCACCAGCUCAAGGGGGGCUCCGCUUCCAGCAGCCUGAGCCAACUCCAGCAGCCCCCGACGGGAUCACCCCCACCCCGUAGCUCAGGGGUGACCCCUGCGGCUCUGAGUCAGGCCCAGCCACCAUCCCCCAGCCUGAGCCAGCUCCAGCAGCUCCUGAGCCACUCGCCCGCCCCCGGCCUCCAGCCGUCCUCCUUGGGGUCGUCCUCGCCCGUCUUCACGCAGUUCCGCCAGCCUUCGCCCGGCUUGAGCCAGUUCCACCCCGCCACCAAACCGCCUCAGACACACACUGGUCCCCUUCAGCUCCCCCCGGGCAGCAGCACCCAGUCGGCGGAGCUGAAGCACUUCCUGCACCCGGUGUCAGGCUCUCCCUCGGCCAGUCAAGCGGGCACGGGCUCCCUUCCGUUCUGUCCGAGCCCCCUCCCUCCAGCUGCUUCGGGUUCUCCGUCGGCUCAGUUCCCGGUGCCGCAGAGUGGGAGAGGGCAGCUACCAGGAUCCAGGAUCCAAGCUCCACCAGAAAAGCCCAGCUACCCGUCGGCCGUGGUGUCACCGCUCCAGCAGCAUCCAAGCACACCGUGCUACUCCCCCGGUGCUCUGAGCCCUCCGGUUCAAAGUCCAGUGACUAAAAGGACAUUUCACUGCGGCUCCUCUGAGGCAUCAGGCUCCCGCACGUCUCUCCUGACACCACAGACCCCUCCGGCCGUUCAGCAGAUCAUCACUCUCAAAAGCACGCCACCGCUGCCAGUCGGACGCUUGACACAGGACCUUAAGGGGAUCUCUGCCUCCCAGCCAUCCUUGCCACAAGAGUUGGCUCAAGCAGCACAUCAGAGCAGCCCUUCCUCAGGCAGAGAAUCUGCUGGCAGCGUGAUGAGUUUUACAAGGCCCAGGCGGCUGAGCAAACCGUGCAGCUCCAUCCCUGAGCGUAUGACUCUACCAAGGCAGAUGUCAUCAGGUUGUUUACCUCAGUCACAAGGACAUGUACUUGGCACAUUUUACCCAACUACGUUAUCUAAGGACGAGACUGGUCCUCAGAAGGGAUCAGUAACCUUUGGUUCUGAUUUGGAACCUGUUCGGUCGAAGCUCCCUUCCAAUUUGUGAGGUUAUAUGAACAGGUCACGAGUAAUCAAAUUUAUUAUAUAUAUAUAUAUAAAAUUCUCUUUACUUCUGUAUAACUGUGAUUUUUUUUAGAUAACCAGUUAUUCUAGAGCUAUAGUUUUGUGUCGCAUUAUUUUAUAAAUUUUCAUACGAAGGGAACUGUGUAAAUUACUGCAGAUAAAUAUAGUAUGGCCUCUUUCGCAGUAUUAGAACUAAUAGCAAAAUGGUAUAGGGAUACUCAAAUGUAAUUUUUCUUUUAGAAAGAAAACAUACUUAAUGAUGCUUGAAGCUUCAUUAAAGGUCAGAAACAAUUUAGCACCAACAAGUAGUCCAGUAAUGCAUCCAACGUCAAGGUUUCAACUCAGGUGAAGCUCAAUUGAUGCUCUACUCUUCACCAGUCGAUGUACAUGGGUAGGAGAAACCUUUGCUCUCAGGUACUUAGAGCUGUCAGAAUGUUCCAACGUUAAUUGAUAUUUAAAAUUGGUGUUAAAUAGGGUCAAGGCUGGACGGACCGUGGAACAGUGCAAAUGCGUAGGGGCAAGGGUUAAAUCAAGUAACAUUCAAUAUAAUUUUCAAGCAUUAAAGUUGGGUCUUUGAGCUAGAGUAACCUCAUUGGCACAUCCUUUACACGAAACACUUGCAACCGAUUUUUUUCACCUCACAUCCCAUUUACUCUAUUUGCAUUUAUAAAGCGUCUUUCAACAUCUCACAGUGUUUCACCAAAGUGCCAUCAAACAGAACUUGACACCAAACUACCCAAGAGGGUAUUCAGACAGGUAUGUAUGUGCUUGGUCCAAAAGCAUUAUAUUCAUAAGAUGAUAUGAGACUAAUGCAGGAGAGGGCCAUUUUACUGAUUGACUCCACUCUACUAUUCAAUAGAAUCAUGACUUAUUUAAGAGUGGUCUUAACCCAACUUUCCAACCUGUCCUCCAUGUAUCCCUGAUUGUUCAAAAAUCUUUCUAAGUCGAGCUUUAAUGACCCAACUUUGAUUGUUCCCUCUCAAAAGGAAUUCCAAAUGAGAAUGAUCCUCUGAGAGAAGAAACUGCAUCUUAAAUGGGAGAUGCCAUAUUUUUAAAACCGUCAAUAGACGUGAGGCUGGAACAGCACAGCAGAUCAGACAGCAUCUGAGGAGCUAGAAAGUCAAUGUUUCAGGCUGAAGCC